UCAACAGUGGAAAGUAAUCCAGACAUGAGCUAUGAAAGUGAAAAAGUUCCAAUCGCUACAAAUCCAAUGUCGAAUGAAGAACACCUAAAUGAUUCUGUUGAAACUCCUCUGGAUCAGUGCAAUUCACAACCCAAAAUGAAACGUGAACGUAAAGCAUGGCGUACGCUUGCUAUUAUUACUGGAACAUUUGUCGCAUGUUGGACACCAUUUUUUCUCGUAUCUUUAUAUCGACCGAUAUGUCGUUGCAAAAUACCAACAUUAGUAGAGUCAAUUACCAACUGGUUAGGUUAUUUAAAUUCAGCACUUAAUCCGAUCAUUUAUACCGUAUUUUCGAAUGAUUUUCGAGCAGCUUUCAAACGUAUCCUUGCUCGUUUGCUAUUUCUGAGAAUGCCACGAUCACAGUACCGAUAA